AAAAAGCAAACGAAAAAGUGUUCAACGUUUUCACUCACUGCGUGCGUGUGCUGGAUUGAAGCGGAAGAAAAUUUGGAAUUUCUGGUGGAUUUGCGGUGCCCCCGGCAUUGGAAGCAGUUUCUAAACCGGACCAACGAUGACGGCUCACGAUCAAAUGCGAGCGAUGCUGGACCAGCUCAUGGGAACGGCCAGAAAUGGUGAAUCCAACCGGUACUCGACCAAGUUCUACGACAACAAAGUAUGUAAAAGUUUUUUGUUAGGCUGCUGUCCACAUGAGAUCCUUGCUUCAACGACACGUCGCUACUUUUCCUCAAAACUGUAUGUGUAGUUCUGAAGUAGUCGGUCCUUCUUUUGGGAUCACCGGAAAUCGUUCAAAUAGGGUUUCGAACACACACAGACUAGCCGAUGAUCGCAGGUCGAGUCCGUGUAACGUCUCCCCGGAAGUGCGCACAUUCGCACAAGCACCUGAUGGUCCCGCGCGAUGGAACCAGAUGACCCGCAUGGAUCUCGGAGAAUGUCCCAAAGUGCACGAUCUUGCCCUGCGAGCCGACUACGAGAAUGCUUCCAAGAGCAAGGACUACUACUACGAUGUAGACGCCAUGGAGCACCUGCAGGCGUUCAUCGCCGAUUGUGACCGGCGGACGGAGGCCGCCAAGAAGCGGCUGGCCGAAACGCAGGAGGAACUGACGGCAGAGGUGGCUGCAAAGGCCAAUGCCGUGCACGAACUGGCGGAGGAAAUCGGUAAGAAACUUGCUAAGGCAGAAGCUCUAGGUGAGGCAGGUCAAGUCGAGGAAAGCAUGAAGCUGAUGUCGGAAAUCGACGAACUGCGCGCGAGGAAAGCCAAAGCCGAACAGGAGUAUCGGAGUGCCAUUCCUGCCAGCAGCUACCAGCAGCAGAAGUUGCGCGUCUGCGAGGUAUGCUCGGCCUAUUUGGGCAUACACGACAACGACGUCCGGUUAGCGGAUCAUUUCGGGGGUAAGCUCCAUCUAGGAUUUUUGGCAAUUCGUGAAAAGUUGAUUGAACUGGAGAAAACCGCCGGACCGAGGCAAAAGGAGCUGCGCAAGAAUGGUCGCCGUGAUGGAGCCUUUGAUGAUGAUCGUCCUCGAUCACGCUUUGUUGGUAGUCGCGAGCUGGAUAGGAGAUCCAGGGCUUUGGUUCGCGAUAAGGAUCGUGAUCGACGUGAUAAUCGAGGUGAACGCAAACGAUCAUCGGAUCGCACAGAGCGUUCCGACAGAGCAGAAAGAUCGGAUCGAACCGAGCGAUCGGAACGAACUGAGCGAUCAGAACGACCAGAGCGAUCGGAACGAUCAGAGCGGUCGGAUCGUCGUCGAUCGAAAAGUCGUGAUAAGCGGUCACGUAGUCGCGAUCGCCACUCACGAGACCGGGACCGUGAUCGUCGUGAUCGCGAUCGCGACCGGGAUCGUGAUCGUCGUCGUCGUUCGCGCUCCAGGGAAAGAUCUAGACGGUAAGCAUUGACCUUUAGCUACUUCUUCUACGACCACAGAACAGAACAUCAGGACACAAAUGCAAACAACGGAAGCCGGAGAAGUCUACGUCCAGAAGGAAGGAGAAUACAGCAUCUCAGCUUGAAAGCCGUAAGCAAUACCCAAUUCAAUGCAUCAAAAAUGAUUAAAUGUUUCUCCGAUUCUCUUUUCUUCUGGUGUACUAACGGUUUUGGAAUAUGAAGAAGUGUUUAAUGUGUAGUGAAAAAAUGAAUGAUUCAGAUUCGUAUGGGUAUGGACAGUUUACCCAACAAGUUAACAAAAUCAUCAGAAGAAGAUACAACAUAAGCAGGAGCAAAAUAGUAGAAAUUUUUAAAUCUAAUGAACUGUUGUCAUUGAAACGCAAGUGAUUAUGUGAAAAUUUUCCAAUUCUUCAAAGUUGGUUCGUCGUGCCGGUGUGUUCUAUCAGGAAACCAAUUCGACUUUCGGUAAGAACACUUUUUUCUUUUAAUUUACCUUGUUUUAUGAUUUCCUUAGUUAGUAUUAGUUGACAAACAAUUGUGAGAAUUGUAAAUUCUUUCCUGAUAAAAUUCACCUACCUCGUUGGUACAGGAAGUUAUGUAAUCGUUUUUUUUUCUUUUUAUUAUCAUUAUUAGUUUUGUAUGAGUACGAUCAAUUGAUGCUCGGUUUGGAGCUUUCAUUUUGAUUGUACAUUAGGUUUUCCUCAACCCAAAAUAAAAGAAAAGAGCCACUAAAUCAUUUGAGCCAAUUGCACACCCACGCCUAGGGCUAAGCUUCUACUCUAUCUGUCCCCAAUUUUCUAUCUAUCAGGCAGUCAUAGCUGCUUAAAGGCUCACGACCUCCUUCAGCCCUUGGGCAAAUCUUCAGUGACCACAAUCAUGCUAAUAUUACUCACGGACCGCCUACGCUCUGCAACUCUCGCUGUGGUUGAUUGCUCGGCAUCAGUUGCUCCUUCUCAGUCGUGAACUGGCGCGCUCCGUCGUUCUAUUUGUUGUCGAGUUUCGGCCUCGGACCAGUCGCUUCCUCUCUUUCCGUCGUUGCACGAGAUCAAUAUGAAACAAUACUAGAAAAGAGGAAAUUACAAAUUGAUGGAGCUAGUGCAAGUUAUACAAAAUUAAAAUUAUAAUAAUAAUUUUUCACACUUUUUAUCGAGGAGAAAUUAUCGCUUCAGAUCUUCUAAUCAUCGCUAUGACAGCCAGACGUCUAGAUGACAUCUUCAUUUCUUUAUCUAAACGGGGGGCUUCACCGUUACAGUUAUAUUGAAUGAAUAGAAGUAAUUCACCAUACUUACAGCCCAAUAUAUACAUACAAACAUACAUCCCAAUAAAUGACCGUGCUUAGCUUCUAAGUGUAGACUAUUUCCGAUUAUAUGGAUAAUGAAUAAAAUUGCUACAAUUAUUAUUACAUAGGUGUACAUCUGGAUAACAGACAAUUGCAUAUUGAAUAAAUGGAUGAAUCCUUUUAGGA